AUGUCGAAUUCAAGCGAAGGCCCUCAUGGACCUAUAUAUUGUGAGAAAUUUCAAUUGCAGGUGAUCUCUACUGGCAUUUUCGCGGGUAGUAAUCCAACUCAUUCCACUUUACCCCUUCUGUUGCUGCAACUUGGUUUAGUCUCUCUAUUAGGAGGAGUCCUGCAAUUUGUAUUUAGGCCUCUCGGUGUGCCUAAACAUGUCCUUGAUAUUCUUAGUGGGAUACUACUAGGUCCAUCUGGUAUUGCACGAAAUAAAAGUAUCUUCGAGACCUUAUUCGCUCCCAAAGGUGCAAUGGUGCUCGACGUCUAUGAGAUGGUGAGCACGAUACUUUUUAGUUUCUUCAUAGGCCUUAGAACUGAUGUGAAAAUCAUAAAAAGAGCAGGAGGAUUAGCACUUACCAUGGGGAUACUAUGUAGCAUUCUUCCGCAGAUAAUCAAUGCAAUCGUGCUUCGAGUUUUAACCAAAGAUAUGUCAGAUGACUCUGCUCUUAGCCAUGCAUUGACCUCUUGUGCUGGCCUCGAGGGGCUGAUUAACUUUCAUGUUGUGUAUACCACUCUUGUAGACCAGAAGUUUCUUAACACUGAGGUGGGCCGUGUAGCCCUUUCGUCUUCGAUGAUCUCGGGCUUUUGUAGUUGGAUCAUGAUUAUGGUUCGGAAGCUUUAUGAUGAUUCUGUUCGUGGUCGUAUAGCUCAGUCAAUGUUAUCACCAUUUUUCAGAGCUUUUAUGAUAGUCAUUACUGUGUAUGUGCUCCGCCCUAUUAUGUUUUGGAUGAUAAGUAGAACACCAGAAGGCAAAACCUUGAAACAAUCCUAUGUUUGUUCGAUGACACUCUUUUGUUUUGGCUUAGCCUUUUACUCCGAAAUCACUGGAAUGCACCAUGUAUUUUCAUCAAUUCUACUUGGUCUGGCUGUCCCAGAUGAUUCUCCACUACAAUCAGGGCUUGUGCACAAGCUCGAGGGAUUUGUUAACGGAGUACUUAUGCCCUCGUUUAUUAUCAAUGUUGGUAGAAAAGUCGAUAUUUAUCAACUAAAAGGGAGCUCUGUUGGAAAAGUUGAGGUUUUAGUUGCCACAAGCUUCUUGGGAAAACUUGCAUCAAGUUUAAUAGCUUCAACAUUUUGGAACAUGGCUCUAAUGGACGCCUUCUUGAUCGGUCUCCUCGUGACUUGCCAGGGCAUAUUUGAUAUCCAAUUUUUCACUAUUGCUGAGAAACUAGAAAAGAAUCUAACUAUCGAGUGCUUCACCGUAAUGGUGAUCAUGGCACUAGUUAUACCGACUAUUGUAACACCUAUAGUGGCAUACAUCUACAAUCCUUCGACAUUAUACAAAACUUCCGCAAAACGUGGUAUUCAUGCCACAAAAUACAAUCUGGAGUUCAAGAUUCUAGCCUGCAUUCAUCAAGAAGACACCGUUACAACGCUGAUCAACGUCUUGGAAGCUUCCAAUCCCACAAGAAAAAGCCCCAUUACAGCUUAUGUUCUAGACCUCGUCGAGCUUGUUGGCCAAAGCAUACCCUUAUUCAUCAGUCACAAGCUCAAGAGAAGUCCAUCUUCAAGAUCAAACAGAACUCAGCGCAUCAUUAAGGCCUUUUAUCAGUACGAGUUACAGAACCAAGAAUUUGUAACUGUUCAUUGCUUCACCUCUGUUGCACCAUUCGAGACGAUGCACAACGAUAUUUGUUUGCUGGCACUUGAAAAAGGUACAUCAUUGAUAAUCCUUUCGCAGGGCAUGGUUACCAACUCUUCAGUAAAAGAAAUGAACAAUCAUGUCAUGGAGAAUGCGCCGUGUACAGUCGGAAUCCUAGUGGAUCGCAAGGCUCUAGGAGAGUCAAAUGCUGCAGUCUCCCCAUGGCUUUGCUUUCAUGCCUGUUUGAUCUUUAUAGGAGGUUCUGAUGAUCGUGAAGCACUCACAUACUGCAGUCGAAUGUGUGAGCAUGCCAACAUUAGCCUCACUGUCAUACACAUAACUGAACUUAUCCAAAGUCAGUUAGACUUGGAUGCCAUGGACCGGUUUAGAGAUACAAAUGUCUAUAAUAAUCGUGUAUUCUAUAAUUCUGUAACCGUGAAAGAAGGAACAGAGACAGUUCGCGCGCUUCAAACAUUGAACAAUGUCGAUUGUGAUCUUAUUGUUGUUGGCAGAAGGCAUGAUCCUGAAUCAGCUGUAAUGUCAGGGCUUGCAGAUUGGGGUGAAAAGACACCAGAUAUGGGGACUAUUGGGGAUAUCGUGGUGUCUCCAGAUAUAGAUAACAAGGCAGCUGUCAUGAUACUGCAGGCGCACAGUUUAGACCACGAAAUCGAAGUAAUUCCAACCACACCUCCACUUACCCCAAAUAAAAACUUAAAGUGUAUUACAACUGUUGAUCCUGAUAAAGAUUUGUGGCAAUUGCCUGAACUUCACUCUGAUAAAAGGUCCCCUCGAUAG